AUGUUCAGCUACGAGUGUAUUGGAGUACACGUCAGAGGUCUUAAUCACGCAGCUCAAGACGAUAGCAGUCAUGGAACCACGCUCUCUUGGCUCAAAGUGAGCUCCUCAGAGCCAAAUCGACAGAGGCCGACAAGUGGAGCACAGCAGAAGACCGAACUGAAAGUCAACACAACCUCGCCGGCCCUAGCAGUCAAGCAGAUCAACCAGGAUCUCUCCCACGGCCAAGACACUCAAGUAGCACACAGCAAAGCUCUACGAUCUCGCCUCGUGGUCGGAGAUUCCCAUCGCCGCUGUCCACGCAUCCCGACCAUCUCGACAGCAGAGUCAGAUGCAACCCCCAAAACAAAGAACCCCACCCAAGCGCAAACUCGACCCGACUCCCAACUCACCGGAAACGGCCUCCCUGACGCAACGACCCAGCAUCGUCGUCAAAGACCGCCAACGUCAGCGAUGCGCACCCAUCCAAUGGAUCCCUUCUACGGUGGUCACGUAGCCUCGUCUACUCCGACAAGCACGCUGCACUAG